AUGGCGACAAACAUGCAGAUUUUCAUUGAGAAUGCUAGACUUCCAAGAGAGCUUUGGGAGCAUCGCCUAGAAAUCUGUUCUAGCUUUCUCAGACAGGGCAAUGUUCAUUUAUUGCUGGUGGGCUCUUCACUGGUAUCCCUUACUGCUUUAUACUUCCUACGCACUCCCUGGAGGUCGUAUUGUGUCGUCCCCAAGGCCGCCAAGAUACCAGUCUUCCAGCCUUCAGUUUCUCCAGCGUAUGCAAUUGGGCAGAGUGUCGCUUCUGCGGUGGCUUUUUCUCUCCUACUUAUAUGUGGCCUCCGUGAAGGUGUCUGGCAGAAGCCUGUUUCCGUGGGCUACAUAUUCAUCCUUGGUUUAGUCCAGGUUGUGUUCAGGCCCUUUCCAGGAAUUCGCACAAAUAUCAGUCAUCAAAUCAAUCAAGUUGCACUCGGAAUCUUAAUUCUGGAGGCCGCUGAGUUACUACUUCCACUUGGAGUUAUUGGAUCUCACGUCGGAAUAUCGUCUAUUGGGUUAGCCAAGCUGAUCUCGCUGGCCACCAUUGUACUCAUAGCCCUAAUCACGCCACGCUUCGUUAAGAAACAGCUAGCGACAGUCGAAGAUGCGCCAACACCCACAGAACAUGAAGCGUCUCUCGAGGAAACCUGUUCAUGGUUCUCGUACUACCUGUCAUAUGGAUGGUUGACGAACCUGAUCCUACGAGGCGCUUUUCGGGACCUAUGCCUUGAUGAUCUUCCAAGCCUUCCAUCCUAUGAUGCCCCAGCUCGCCUGCUGCAACGCAUUCAAAUUGUGCGGCUCAAAGGGUCACGGACCUUUUAUUCACUGUGCAAAACAUUCCGCUGCGAGAUUCUUUCAAUCUUGACAUGGGCAGUCUUGACUGCCAUGGUUGAAUAUGUUGCAGCCUUUGCCAUGUUCAACUUGUUAGCGUACCUAGAGAACCCCAACUCAACUUCGUUGGUGGUCCAUCCAGGCGUGUGGAUUUCGCUAUUAUUUAUCGGACCUAUGACUCGCUCCGUUUGUUAUCAGCAGUCCAUUUUCAAAAGCACAAGACUCAUGGUGCUCUGGAGGGCAACAGUGCUCCAGGAAAUUUACCAGAAAAUGCUUCGUUCUCGAGGCGAGGAGUCCAUUCAUAUGUCGGAUGAAGAUUACAGAUCGGGAGCUCCGGAUGUGCCGCAAGAAGAAGAACCAAUAGACUCUCCAAUGCCAAAUUCUGUGAAGACAGAAGGUCUUGUUUCUUAUGAUGCCGACAUGAUAUCGAAUUCGUCCGACCUUUUCUAUGCGCUUACUGCGAGCCUUGUUUCGACAGCGGUGGCAAUGACUUUUCUGUAUCAGCUCCUGGGCUGGCCCUCGCUCGUCGGAAUAGGCGUCAUGGCCGUCCUCACGCCUCUUCCUGCCAUAUUCUCGCAGCGAAUGUCGCGACUACACCGUUAUGUCAUGGAGGCUACCGACCUCAGGCUGAGUCGUCUGUCCGAGUAUCUACAUGCGCUCCCUACAAUAAAGUAUUUCGCAUGGGAGCCCAUGGUUGUCGAUAAUAUCAACUCUAUUCGGCAAACCGAACAGCAAAGGAUAUGGAAACGCAAUGUGACCUCCAUGCUCGUCUCCAUGACUGGAGACUUGAUGUCCCUCGUCAGCCUACUUGCCAUGUUCGUCUCUCUUGUACUUUUCACAAAUACUCCUUUGCGCGCACCCAUGGCAUUUACAUCUGUAGCCAUUACCGAAACAUUGCGAUCGCAGUUCGUCUGGUUGUGCAAAGUAAUCCAAUGGGUUUCGCAGGCUCGCGGCUCGCUCAUCCGGGUCGAUAGCUUCCUUGAGGCGGCCGCGGAACGACAGAGCCAUCCGCACGGUCCGCCAGAGUUGCAGGAUGCCACUGUGCGGUGGUCUGAACACUCCCCCUUUACGCUCUGCGAUGUCUCAGUCUCGUUUCGCCUGGCGGCUCUCAACGUGGUAAGUGGAGGGACAGGAAGCGGCAAGUCGCUUCUUCUACUCUCUUUGCUAGGCGAAACGAAUCUUGCCAGUGGACUCGUCACAUGCCCGGAUGAUGUCGCAUAUGUUCCUCAGACGGCAUGGCUUCAGAGCACUUCUGUCCGACAAAACAUCAUCUUCUAUAGCGAUUUUGACCAAGAACGUUACAAUUCCGUGUUGCAUGCCUGUGAUCUCUUGGAUGAUCUGAGCCGUUUGCCUCUAGGUGAUUUGACUCAGGUUGGAGAGCGAGGAUCUGCCUUGUCAGGUGGCCAGAAGCAGCGAAUUUCUUUGGCUAGGGCAUUAUAUUCAUCAGCUUCUACGUUGCUCUUGGAUGACAUCUUUUCUGCCUUGGAUGCCCACACUACGUCCCGGGUCUACAGUCGGUGCUUCCGUACCAGACUUCUGGCUGGGCGCACAGUCAUUCUCGUCACGCAUUUGGCAGCCGCGAUUGAGGAUGCAGAUUUGUUGAUCUCAAUAGAUGGAGGCAUUGUGUCUGUCGUCUCUCAAGACUCUGGCAAACAGUCAUUAGAUAGCGACCUUAGAAGCACAUUGAAAGCAGGGGCAACCGAAACGGUCUUGGACUAUACGCCCAGCAAUGGAUCUUUGGAGGAGGCUGAGAUCGAAGUCCAAACUGGCAGCACAUCUACUUUGACUCUUUUGGAUAAUGAUGGACCGGAAGAAAAACAAGCCUCUGGCCGAGUGCCAAGAUUAAUGAUACUCAAAUAUAUGCUAUUAUUUGGCGGUGCGAUACAUGCCUCGCUGGCUCUAUGCAGUGCUCUUAUCGUGCAGUUGGCAUACCUCUCGAUCACGCUCUGGCUUUCGGUAUGGACUAAUGCCAGAGACGACGAGGCUGACCGGUUUCCAGACCAGAGUUUCUACUUAUACGUAUAUACUGGCACCGUGGUUGGCUUCAUCCUCCUCCAAUUCUCGAACAACUUCAUAUUCCAACGAGGUGGCUGGUAUUCAGCCAGAACUAUGCAUCAACGUCUUGUCAAUGCCGUCGUCAAAGCGCCCAACUCACGGUUCAGCAGUGUCUCGAUUGGACAGAUUCUCAGUCGUUUUGGUCCUGAUAUUCAAUCUAUUGAUGCAGUAUUGACUGACUGGCUGCGCAUGACUCUGGAUAAUGGGCUGCGCUUCAUGCUCCGGCUGGCCAGCAUCGCGUCCAUUAUGCCGAUAUUUGCUCUGCCGGCUGGGCUGUUUUGCCUCAUAGGAUUCGCAACUGGCGAGAUGUAUUCGAGAGCAGAGAUAUCUAUCAAGAGGAUUGUCUCCAUCAAGUUUGCUCCGAUCUUUUCCCACUUCAACGAGACAACAGCUGGCAUGGCGGUAAUUCGAGCACAGCGGUCCAUCGAUGGAGUUUUUCAACAGUUGCUUGCUGACAAAAUCGCGCAACAUAUGCGAGCCGCUGAAGCACAGUUCAACUGCAACAGGUGGGUUUCAAUCAGGUCUGAUUUUUGUGCAGCAACAAUUGCCGCGACGGCUGGAUAUAUUGCAUACUCCAAGUCGGGCUCAGCGGGCCUUGUUGGGUUCUCUCUGACCAACGCCAUUGGCCUCAGUCAGACCAUCCUGACCUUGAUCAGGAAUAUGAAUGAGUUGGAGGUCGAACUGAAUUCUUUCCAACGUAUCCACGACUAUACGAAGAUUGAACCGGAAGAAACUGCUGAGACUGAAGCUGUACUAGCCAAGAACAAGAUCCCAGCGGCCUGGCCAACUUGCGGCAGGGUGGAGAUUCGCAACUUGAGGGCUCGAUAUGCGCCAGAUCAGGUAGAUGUCCUCCAGGAUAUCAAUCUUGAUGCAAAGCCCGGCGAGCGGAUCGCAAUUGUUGGACGAACGGGCAGUGGCAAGAGUACUCUAGGGCUCUCCAUGUUACGCUCUACAUAUAUCAGUGCUGGUCAAAUCUUCAUUGAUGGUGUCGAUAUUACCAAGGUGCCCUUGCGGCGCCUGAGGAAGGCCAUUGGCCUCAUUCCUCAGGAGACUGUACUCUUCUCCGGCGACGCCCAAUCCAACCUGGACCCCUUUUCAGAGGCAGAUCAAUCAGAGCUCCAAGCUGUCCUUCAAAUAUGCAGUCUAUCACAAGAAAGGGGCACUAUAGGAAAUACCAAUGGUGCUAGCCACAAGGCCCAACUCGCGACAGAUACACCCAUUGCAAGUGGGGGGACGAAUUUCAGUAAUGGCCAACGUCAGAUCUUUGGCCUCGCGCGCGCCAUGUGGCGUCGUUCGAAGGUCAUCAUCAUGGACGAGGCAACGGCAUCGGUAGACCAUGAGACUGAUGCACGGAUGCAGAGACUGGUCCGGUCAGAGUUUGUUGGCUCUACCAUUAUCGCUAUUGCUCAUCGCCUGCGUACUGUCGUGGAUUACGAUCGUGUCAUUGUUAUGGGAGAAGGAAGAGUAGUCGAGAUGGGCACGCCGAGCGAAUUAUUGAAGUCUAAGGGGGCGUUUUGGGAGAUGCUUAAACAUACGGGUGAGUAUGAUGAGCUUAGAAAGCUGAUAAAAUCAUGA